AUGGGAACGAUAGUAUCAACGCAAAAAGAUGGAUUACGCUCGUUACCUAGUCAUCGAACAUUUCUAUCGAGCAAUGCAAUUGACUUUCAAAAAGAAAUAACUAAAACAUCAUUUCCUCAUUAUCAGUACAAAACAGCUAACGAGGGCUACAUUGCUCAAAAAACAAAAUCGUUCGUAGCAAGAUUACCACCUGUUGAUCAUCCAGUUCUUGAUAACUUGAAUCAUUUUGAUGAUGAUUAUGCAGCAAUUCCCCCCAAAAAUAAAGUUCAUGUUACCUUUAUUGAUAACAAAAAUACAGAUCAAAAUUUUAAUCCAACAGCAUCAGAAUAUCCCGCUGCAGUUAAUAAAAUUGCCUAUAAUACAGCGAUAGAAUUAAAUGCACAGCGGUGGUAUGGUGGCCAAGUUUUACAACCUUAUACACCUAGUACAGCACAACUUGAGUUAGGAAAGCGAAUAAAUGAUGAUUAUGUACAUCAUAAUAGUGAUGGACUGGAAGGUGAUCAUUUGCAUAGGACUGGUAUAGCAAAUGAUGAGCUUAAUAGAUCAUCAAAGGAAGAUAAAUUAUUAUACACGUAUCUCAGGGGAGAUGCAGUUCAACUUGAAAGAUAUCCUAAGGGCAAUAUCAUUAAGAGCAGAAUUAAUGAAUACGCAAAUGCUGUUAAAAACUUUAAUUCUAGUAAGCUAAAAUCUCACCAGAAUAACAUAAACGGACAAGACUCUGACGAAAGCCCCAGAGAUGGAAUAAAAACCAAAUUACUAACAUUAGAUGAUUUAGAACCUGCUUAUACAAGAGAUAUUAUUUUAACUCCAAGAGUGUUGCAAAAUGGCAGCAAUCGAUCAGGAUCACGAAGUAAAAAUCGUCAAAGCAACAGUCAAGGGUCGGCAAGUCGUCGUAGUUCAGGUCGAAUGGCAACAGCAGGAGAAGGCAGAAAAAACAUUAGAGGAUAUUCUACUAGAGAUUCUGCGUCCAGAUUAGGUAAAAAUGAUUAUAAGCAAUCAUCACCUAAAACUGGUAGGAGAAGUCGAGCAGGAUCCCCGUCUAAAGUUAAUGGAGGCAGUCAGAAAGAAUUAAGCCAAUCGCCUGCCAGCAGACAAAAUAAUGAUUCAGCAGCAAGUCAUGAAAGUAGUCGAGAAUCAUCUCCAUAUCGUAGAAUUCGUUCCACAUCUCCGGUUGGGAAGAGUAAUAUUGAUCAUACUACAUCUAAUAAUAAAUCAUUACUACCUCGAUCUAAGUUUACUGAAAGUAACGAAGCUAGAAAAUUAAGACAUGAGACGUUAAAAAUGUUGGCCGAUGAUAGUAUUGCCUUAGGUGAUAAUUUAAGGAGCGAUUUUGUACAAUAUCAAAAUGAAAUUGAACGCUUGCGUUAUCAUGCAGAAGUUCAUUAUGAAUUAUCAUUAGGCGAGAAUUUUAAUCCGCCGCGUGUGGUGGACUUUCAAAAAGCUACCUUCGAUUCGCUAAUUGAGGAAAUUAAUAAGAGGGUAAAUCAAUACAAGGAUGGCUGUCGAAUCAAGUCGUUAGCUUUAUAUUGCAAGGGAGGACCUGGCUACAUAUAUUUCUUAAGAAAUGAAGUUAUUACGGAUAAGAAACUAGUUUAUAACGACCCAAUCGCUCAAUUCUUUCGCGAUGUUAGCCGAAUUAUGAGUAAAUUAGGACCCAAUGUAACGUCUGUGCAUGUUAUGGGGUGUAAUCUAACUGGAACAAGUAGUGGGCAUGAGCUAUUGCAACUCAUUCAGAAGGUUAUGGAGCCAACUAAACUAACUAUCUCAGCACCUGUUGAGCAAUCACAAGCUGGUUCCGAAAUGAUUAGUCAAUAUUUUGAUAUCAAAAAAUAUCGAGAAUGGAAAGAUAAAACGACAAGUUUCAUUUAUUCGAAAAGAUUUAGCAAAAGAAAAUUACAUUUGAAGUUUUAA